AACAAAGAUUGUUUAAUUUAACGAAAUCAAAACAAAUCGCACGCGAUGGAUGUGGAGGAUCUGCGGCUGAACCAGCAGCAGUUGCUGGGCGAGAUUUCCGCCCUGCUGCAGACCACCGCGGAACCGAGUGACACCAACGCACUGCUGCUCAACCAGGAGCUCCAGCGACGCCUUCUCCAAGUCCGCUCCAGUAUUCUGUCCAUGCUGCAGACAGUUCGAGAACGCUUCGCCCGGAACGAGGAGAUCCUGGUGCGCCGGCUGAGGCCACGCUCCCAAUUCGGACCGGAUUCCCUUAACCUUAACCUGAGCGGGGCCAUCCUGCGGAAGGGCACGUUCCGCUUCAAGGGCAACCUCUUCUUCCGCGACAUCGACGGCCGGAGCUGUCCCAACAACGAGGACUACGAGGCGCGCUGCCACACGGAGAUGUUUCCCACCGACUUCGACAUGCACUCCCGUCACGUGUGGACGCUGCUGGACAAGAAGAACGUGAUCAUGGGGAUCAAGCAACAGUUACUCGAUCACAGCAGUCACAGGAUAAACGGAAUGCCCAGCGGCAGCCUGAAGCGGAAGCCCACCGAACGGCACCUACAAACACUGGCCAGUCUGCUGGCGACGGCGGACAGCAGCUUCCGGAUCGACUGGAACCAGAUCAGCACUUUGGACCUGGAGUAUCGGCACUCUCCGUACAGCUGCGAGGCCAUGUGGCGGGUCUACCUGAGACCAGAUCUUAAGCGCGACGAUUGGUCGGUGGAGGAGGACGAGACCCUGCUGGCAGUGGCCUCUGCCAACCGGUUGCAGAACUGGGAGCUGAUUGCCGCGUCGUUAAGCAUGCGUUCCGACUACCAGUGCUUCGUACGCUUCAUCACCGCCCUGCGUCAUCUGCUGGAGCCCAAGGGCAGCAACCGCUGGAGCGACGAGGAUAACGAACGAUUACGAGAGCUGGCCGAGAGGAAUACGGCAAACGGCGUAAUUAACUGGAGGAAGGUAGCGGAGUACUUCCCGGACAAGUCCAAGUCGACGCUGAUAGGACGUUACUACUAUGUGCUGCAUCCCAGCAUCAGUCGCGAGCCCUUUAGCACCAAAGAGGACAUGAUGCUAUUCGCCGCCGUGGAGGAGUACAAUGGCAAGUUUCACUGCUUUCCGCGCUCCCUCUUCCCAAACCGAUCUUUGGCCCAGCUGCGGACUCGCUAUCACAAUGUUCUGGCGCAGCGCAACAAGACGGACUCCUGGUCGGUGCAGGACGACACCCGGCUGAUGAGCUUCGUCACCCAGCACGGGGCCUCCCAGUGGCUAAACUGCGCCACGUUCCUGGGCAAUCACUCGCGCACUAGCUGUCGAACGCGAUUCCUGGUCAUCAAGAAGUUCCUGGAACAGAAUCCCAAUGCCAAAGUAGAGGACUUGCCGCGUCGUCGUUCAAAAAAGGUGCCGGUCGUCACUUCCGAUAACUGGGCGCAGCGCUUGCAGGAGUGGCAAGAGGACCCUGAGUCCUUAGUUACAGCCGAACAGAUUAAAGGGUCACGGGUACGAAAACCCAAAGCUAAAAAGGCUAGAAUCGAUGGAAAGGCAGACACUGCGACUAGGCUUUCGAAAGUCGACAUAGAACUCGGCGAGUUUUUCAAAUACAGCUACAAUUUGCCACUUACAAUUCCGACAAUCUUCCCGCUUCCGAAAGACGCCCAAAACCUUGCGUGCGUGGUCAGAGCUCUUGCAUAUAAGCCGCCAAUCCGUCCCUCGCUCCUACAGAACAUUUGCAUGCCAAACGAACUGCUUAGGUGCUACAAUAACAUGAUGAGAAACCUGCCCGAUGAGAAAAGUGAUUCAAAAAGUCCACUUCUACCGCCCAACUGGUCCACCAUGAUGGGGUUCCGGGCCAUGUGCAUUCUAUCCGGAGAUUGCCGCAAACAGGGCAGGGAAACCAAUAACUUGGACUAUAAUGAAACCGCGCCGGCUAUUCAGCUUUUUCGCCAGCGGUUGCGAGCUCUCUUCUACCGCACCACCCUUCUCAGUCGCCUGGAGUCGCAGCUGUUUUCGGAUUUACCCGCAGCCUUGGUGUCCUUGCCACGACCCACUCCAGAUUUUGCCAGCAUGGGCAUCAAUGUCGCUUUGAGCAGUCCCGAAAAGAGCCCAAAUAAGAAUCUAAAAUCAGAGCCACUCAGCGAAGACGAGAUGGUGACUAUGAAUACAGUCAAACAGGAGGUGGAAAUGGAAUAUAUAGUUCCAUAAAAAGAUUUGACUAGAUACAUUAGUUUAUAGUUAAGCUUUAUAAGUUUUUAUUUUACUUUAUAUCGCGUUGUAUAAUAAUUCAUUACAAUAGCUAACAAAUAA